AAAAAAGGAAGUAACAGUUAAGCCAGAAAUAUUUUUAUCUAAAGGUUGUUGUAAUUUAAGUCUCAGAGGUAGAGUGGGGCCAAAGAUUAUACAAGCAACUCAUCUAUGAUGUUCAGUUCACUGUCAACAGUCUCUCCUGUUACUUUAGUAUGAUAUGAGUGAUAUAUAAUAUAUACGAUAAUGUCAGCUCGUUUAUUUAGUUAACGAUUGAAUUAAAAUUUAAAACAAGGUCACUAAGUGUGGGGUCAUCUCUAUCGGUUGGUCCGUUUCUAGUGAUCGUUUGCAAUAAAUAAGUGACGAUGACUGUGAAAAAAUUUUUUUUACUGUUAUUACUGACAAUUAUUCAUCUAAUUAACAGCGCAAGUGCUUUGGAAAGUGUCGCAGAUAAAAAGUUUAAAAUUCUAGGAUUUUUUAGUCACCCCGGAAAAAGUCAUUUUGACGUUUUCGAGCCACUUCUUGUAGAAUUGGCAAAUCGUGGCCAUGAUGUUACAGUAAUAUCAUAUUUUCCGCGUGAAAAUAACACGAUAAAUAAUUAUCAUGACAUAAGUUUGAUAAAUAAAUUCAAUCCAUUUUUAAACGUCGUCGAUUUGAAAAAAAUAUUCCAUACACCGUUGACGCCAUUUUUAGAAUUAUUUUACUUACGUAGCAUGGGACUGCAAUCUUGUGAAGAUGCAUUAAAUUUACCGCAAGUUAAAAAUUUAAUUAACCGUAAGCCAAAGUUUGAUUUGAUACUCACGGAAAUAUUUAAUAGCGACUGUUCGUUAGCAAUAGUUGAUUAUUUAAAUAAUCCCCCGUUUAUUGGGCUGUCAUCGCAUGUUAUGAUGCCAUGGGCAAACGGUCGAAUAGGUAAUCUGGAUAAUCCAAGUUAUGUACCCUCGUUAUUCCAUGGAUUUGCCCCCAAUAUGAAUUUUAUUGAACGCACAUUCAAUACUAUCAGUCUGUUAUAUAUGAAAGUAUUCUAUCAAGUCGCAUUUAAUUGGCCGACUCAGAAGAUUAUUGAUGAGGCUUUCGGAUCGAGUAAGCCGCUACAUGAUAUUGCGCGUAACACCUCAGCUGUACUUGUAAAUACACAUUAUUCGUUGCACGGCCCUAAACCAAAUUUACCAAAUGUCGUGGAAGUCGGAGGAAUACAUAUUAAUCCGCCUCCAUUGCCGAAUGAUCUACAGCAGUACCUUGAUAAUGCUUAUGAAGGCGUCCUGUUCUUUAGCUGGGGAUCUAUGAUUAAAGCGAGCUCAAUGACUAAUGAUACUCUCGAUGAUAUUCUGAAAGUUAUCGGUAAUAUCCCGCGAAAAGUUAUUUGGAAAUGGGAAACUGAAAAUUUACCUAAUAUACCUAGUAAUGUUCUUAUCAAGAAAUGGGUACCGCAAGCUGCUAUACUUCGGCAUCCAAAUGUGAAAUGUUAUUUGGCCCACGGGGGUUUGUUGGGUAUCAGCGAAGGCGUCAGUGCUGGGGUUCCCAUGGUGGUUGUUCCGAUGUACGGAGAUCAGUUCAAUAACGCGGCGGCGGCUGAAAACCGCGGAGUCGCUGUUGUGCUCAAAUGGAAUAAUUUCAACGCUAAAACUCUGAGAUCUGCGAUCGAUCGUGUGUUCAACGACUCGAGUUACCAGAAAAAUGCGAAACUGCUGCAAAAAGCUUGGCAUGAUCGUCCAGAGUCGCCCCUAAAGACGGCGGUCUGGUGGGCGGAAUACAUCGCACGUGGCAACGGUCAAAAAUUUUUGAAGGCUUCCGUAACAUCUUUGUCUUGGUAUCAAGAGGCUCUUAUUGAUGUUUACAUAUUUCUUAUUGUGAUACUAGCAAUAAAUAUAUUCAUUUUUUAUAAAUUUUUAAAAUUAGUGAUCAGAAGUUGUAUCAAGAAAAAAUUUGAUGAUAAUUCUGUGUAUGAUAAAAAAAAUAAAUAGUUUUUUUUUUACUGCUAUUAAAAUUUA